GCAGAACACCUCUAUAUGUAGCGCACGCCCCUGUGCGAACAUGCCACUCAUUCCGUGAUCCUCCAAUACAAACCCCACGCACGCAUGCACUAGCACUAGAUCACUGCUGGGUGACACUCGCAACUUGAUCUCAAUCAUCAUCGUCAUCGUCAUCGACGACAACAAUGGCGUAUCCUUGCGCCGUGCACGGCGCCUUGUGGAUCGCCGUGGUCGCUUUCCUUGUUGCUUCCGGCAGCGUCGUCGUCAUCCGAGUAGCGGAGGCGAGGUACGGCCCUGGCCACUGGAACCCUGCCGCCCCUGCCCCUGUGGCGACCCUCGUCAGCGAGCAGCUGUACAACUCCCUGUUCCUGCACAAGGACGACGCCGCCUGCCCCGCCAAGGGCUUCUACACCUACGCCUCCUUCAUCCAGGCCGCCAGGACGUUCCCCAAGUUCGCCGCCACGGGCGACCUGAGCACCCGCAAGCGCGAGGUCGCGGCCUUCUUCGCGCAAAUCUCUCACGAGACCACAGGCGGCUGGGCGACGGCGCCGGACGGGCAGUACGCGUGGGGCCUGUGCUACAAGGAGGAGAUCAGCCCGGCGAGCAGCUACUGCGACGCGACGGACAAGCAGUGGCCGUGCUACCCGGGCAAGUCCUACCACGGCCGGGGCCCCAUCCAGCUGUCGUGGAACUUCAACUACGGGCCGGCGGGGCAGGCGCUGGGCUUCGACGGCCUGCGCAACCCGGAGGUGGUGGCCAACUGCUCCGAGACCGCGUUCCGGACGGCGCUGUGGUUCUGGAUGACGCCGCGCCGGCCCAAGCCGUCGUGCCACGAGGUCAUGGUCGGCGAGUACCGCCCCACGGCCGCCGACGCCGCGGCCAACCGGACGGCAGGGUUCGGGCUCGUCACCAACAUCGUCAACGGCGGGCUCGAGUGCAAUCGCACCGACGAUGCCCGGGUCAACAAUCGGAUUGGCUUCUACCAGAGGUACUGCCAGAUCUUCAACGUCGACGCCGGCGCCAACCUCGACUGCGCUCACCAGCAGCCGUACUAGUGCCUAGUGGUAGCGAUAGCAACUACUUAAUUAACGCAGGGUUCUUCAACCUGUUUCUAUCAGAGUUGAUUAAAGUAUAUUAGCGUUUUGGAUGAAUGUGCUUGGAGCCUGCUCGAUUGAGUUUAUCAAUCAUUCAGCAUUGUUUUCCUCUCACACAACAAAUCAGUGAACCUAUACAUACAAACAUAUAUGAAUAAAGAAUGGUAGACUGCCGAAUCUGUCAAUCA